AUGUCCGAUUUCUUGCCAGAAGAUUUGUUGAUCGAGGUGCUCCAAAGACUACCUUUCAAGCUCCCCUUUCGACUAAAGACAGUGUGCAAAUCAUGGUACACUCUGAUCACCAAUCCUCAAUUUAUUUCCACCGUGAUCAACAGCCCAGGUGCCCGAAAGAAGUUCCAGAUUCUUAUUGGGAAACACUACGUCAAUUCCUUGGGCCAAGAACAACAGAGUGCCUUCAUACGUGAAUGUGAUGAUGAUGGUGGAUUAUGUAAUGCCGCUACGUUAUCUGAGAUUGAGGACUUCUCCAAACGCAACAUAUACUGUGGUUGGCAGCGCGAAAGGGUUGAUUUGCCUCCGCGGUGA